AUGUCCAACAACGUUUCCGUCGACCUGUCUCUUGAAGAGAUCAUGAAGAAGAACAAGACUCAGAAGAUCGGCAAGAAGUUGUCCGGAGGAAACGAGAAGCGGUUCGGCCAGAAGGGACCGGCAACUAUCCGUCCACGUCGUCGCUCCGGAGGCUUCCAGAAGAAGGCCCUUCCGCCGACGGUCACUUUGAACGAGAAGAGGAAUGUGCGAGUGAACAUGUCCAACCUGGCUCCGUCCGUCACUUCCGAGGACCUCCGCGAGCUGUUCGCUGACUUCCACAUCCGUUCGUUGUCCGUCCAUUUCAACGAGAACGGAAAGCCGGUCGGAACUGGAGACAUCUCCAUUUCGAAGCGGGAGGCCGAGCGUCUGGUGUACAAGUUCAGUGGAGCGGCUCUUGACGGAAAACCGAUAAAGUUCGCCAUCAUCGACAUUGCGAACCGAGUCGAAUUCACGACUGCUCCGACGCGGAACAUCGGGAGAAAGGAGCAAAAGUCUGCGAAGGGCUCCAAGAAGAACGGAAAGCGAACGGAGAAACCGAUGAAGACGACGGAGCAAUUGGAUGCCGAACUCGCCGCGUACAUGGGAAAAACGGAGAAGAAGAGCUCGAGAAAAGAGAAGAAGCAGAAGCUGACUGUCGAGCAACUGGAUGCCGAAAUGGAGGAGUACAUGGCCAAGAGGACCAAAAGCGGACCGACCGAGGAGCAGCUCCUCGAUGUCGAGAUGGAUCAAGCUUAA